UGCGCCUGCGCACCAGCCGCCCCUUCCAUUGACUGCGAUGGCGUCGGCGGCCGUGGCGAUGGCGGGCGGUGAGGCCGGAGGGGCGGCGGCAGCGGCGGCGGGUGGCAGCCUGGAGCAGAAGAAGUUCGAGUACUUCUCCUCCAUCAGCCCGAUGGCGAGGAAGAUCAUGCUGGAAAAGCAGAAGAUCCGGGAGAAGUACGGGCCGCGCUGGGACACGAUGGAGCCGCGGGAGCAGGAGGACAUCAUCGACAACUGGAUGGUGGAGCCGCAGAUCCGCAGCCGCUACAGCCUGCACCGGGUGAGCCGGGAGGAGCCGGCCUGCUACCCCAGGCUGCAGCUGCAGACCGGACAGAAGGUGGUGCACUUCGGAGAGGAGGAUAUUACAUGGCAAGAUGAACACUCGGCUCCAUUCUCUUGGGAAACCAAGAGUCAGAUGGAAUUCAGCUUUGCCAGCACCACUGCUGCAGAACCAGUGGUACCAGCACAGAAUGAACACCGACAGCCAGGCAAGACAUCCCAAGGAAAUCACCAACAUAAAACAUCCCAGGGAGGUCAGCCAGUCAAACAGCUGCAAAAUGGAAAAACACCAAGUGUAGAUGGUCUUGCACCAGUCAAAAAGGAAGAGUCAUCGUCCUUCUGGAAACUGAGCAAUGAAAGAUCUAAGCUGGAAGGUGAUCAGUCUGAUUACCAGUAUGUAACUCCAAGUCAGAUCAAGUCAAUGGAGAAAGGAGAAAAGCCCGUUCCUUCCUAUUUGAGACAAGAGUCUUCAAAGGAGAAAGAUGAAAAUAAAUCCGAGAAGCCUUGGAUGAAGAAACAAGAGCGAAUAAUCAACACCAACGUCUCAUCGGUGUUCAUUGAUAUGGACAGGCCGCGGGCGAGCCAGCCUUCAUUUGGUACACAGGAAGAUGUUUUAUCUCCUGGCCAAAUUGAGAAAUCUCCAGAUAAAAAGAAUGUUGCAAAGGAAUCGGAGGAUGAAGAGAGAGAUGAAUCCUAUGCAUCCGAUACACCAUUUUUCUCACAGAUUAAUAUGAGCAGUUCCAUUCGAAAGACAGGCUUUGACUUCCUGGACAACUGGUAAUCUUCCUGCGGCCUUCAAUUUCUAACAGCCAAAAAGAAACUCCAACUAUAAGCGUGGUCACAUUUGGAUGAAAGUAUUGCUCAAGUACUCCAGUUAGUAAUUUAAGUUAACACUACACAUUUUUACAUUGUUGUACUUUGCAGUAUGUAUGAAAUGAGUUACUUUCUGUAAAGAGGAAAAGUCCUUAAAUUAUAGGCGUAUUGCUUCAUUAAAUGGAAUCUGUUUACCCUCAGUUAUUCUAAUGUAGGGCACGUAUAUAUUUCAAGUCAGAACUCUGAUUUCAAGAGAGAAAUCUGCAGGUGACUAUUGUUACUUCUCUUGCAAAUGACAUUGCUUGGGUAGCUGUCUGUUCGGAUGAUUGCCUCAGCUCCCAAGGGAAACAUGUUAACUUCAGUAACCAAAACUUGGCUCAACAGGAGAAGAAAAUAAAGGAAUGUUUAUAGCACAUACAGGUAAUGAUGAAAUAUUUAAAAAAAAAACUGCUGGAGGAACUCUGGGUGAGGCAGCAUCUGUGGAGGAAAUGAACAGUCGAUUUUUUGGGUUGAGACCCUUCAUCAGUCCAUAUGAAGGGUUUCAACUCAAAACUUUGACUGCCUACAUUUCCUUCCACAGAUGCUGCCUCACCGACUGAGUUCCUCCAGCAGUUUGCUUUUUUUGCUCGAUUCCAGCAUCUGCAGUCACGUUCAAAACUAACUGCAGUUAUGUACAAAACAACUACCAUCUCUUCCUAAAUUGAUGAAAUCUCUAUCAUUCUAACUGGUCUUUGUUCUUGUACAUACAUUCUUUCUGUAUUAAUUCUAUCAUGUUGGAUUCCAAAGUUUAAAAAAUCCAGUUGUUGUUAGUGAAAGAAUUGCUGUAUGAGGAAUAACUGUACUUGGUCUGAUGAUUUAAGAUUAUUUUGAAGAAAGUGUCCCAUUCCUACUGAAAGUAGUAAGCUACAGCCUUAACACUUGACAUAAUAUUUGCUUUUGAAAAUGGAUAUCAAACACAAACUUCUAUAAACAUGGGCACUGUAUCUUGGGGUGCAAAAAUGUUAACUUUUACCUUGAUUUGCAUUGGCCUCAUUCAUCUGGAAGCUAUUGUAUGAGAAGACUGUUUCUUUGGUCCAAAUGUCGUUUGAACAGUUAAAACUGAUUUUUCAAGUUAUAAAAUUUAACAAUAAAAUAGGUUCAUCACUCAAGUCCUUGCAUAUUUAUAUUAAAUUGUAUAGCAGCUUUUCAUCAAAAGCAAAUACAUUUUCUCAGUGGAGAAAGAAACUCCUGCUUUGGUCAUUGUGGUAAUAAAAAUACCAUAUUCACAAAGAUGUGUAAUAAAGCAGUAAAAUCUUGUUUGCUUAGGUGCUUUCAAUAUUACACCAAAAAAAUUAUGAAACUUUGUUCAGUGACAUUAGAGCAUUUUUUUAAGCAGUAGCUAAGAAACAGUACAACACUUACCCCACCACCCAUUUUCACCAACACUCACCCACCCCCCCCCCCUCCCCUUUCCUGGUUCCAAUCACCUACUACCCACACAUUUCACCCACUGGAACCUCUGCCCCUUCACUCUCCCCUCAUGGUUCUUGUUAUUAUCUUCCUUAUCAGAUUCCAGCACUGGUAGCUUCUGUGUUCCUGCUCUUCAGCCUCUGUCCUGCAGCUCCAUCUACACUUUUUCUAUAAAAUCUGAUCACAACAGAACUGCUCAAAAAAAAAUGUUCUGAGGUUAUAGCAAUGUAUUUGUAAUGUAGCAUAUUUAUGUAGAGAGAACUUUUUUUAUACUAUGAACUUGUAAAUGCUAUAGACUAGAUCUGUCAUGUAUCAUCAUGUAGACUUCAAUAUGUUGUCUGUUGCAAAGGCUGUCAAUUAUUCAAAAUUCUGUACUCUUCAGCUAGCAUGUUAUGCUGCUUGUUGCAUAAAAUUUAAAUUAGAAACGCAACCACAGUCUCCAGUGAACUGUUUGUUUUCGUAUCAGCACCCAACACACAGCUGUAAUCCUGGCAGCAUUUGAAGAAGUAAAAUGUAGGCUUUGCUUUGUAUUUUCUAGGACAGAGAUGUUGCUACCACCAGAUACCCUUUCCUAAAGACCAUUUAUGAAAUGUGAAUGUAAGUUUUAUGGUCACCAAUCACAAUACUGGCAGCUAAGGAAUUUAAGCUAAUUACAUGUAUUUUAUGUGAAAUGGCUACUAGUGAGGAACCAGCUGGAUAUUUAUUAAAACCAUCUUUUUCACAAAUUGGUGUAGUAACACCUGUUUCUUUUAAUUAUACCCCUCAAAGUUAGCUGGCAUUGCUCAUGUUGCUCCCAGUGUGAUAUCUUGGCAAGAUUGAAAACUAAGUGCAGCUUUUGAAUUUGCAUGGCACUUGACCAAUGAAAGAAACAAUACCACUUUCAGAUACCUUAACUGCCUAACUUCACCUUGCUCUUAAUGACAGGAUUGGGUGUGGACUUUAUGCACUUCACCACAAAAGGAUCCUGGAAAUGCCCCCUUUAUAUUGUGACUAAAUGAGAAACUAUCUCCAGUAGAAUGUGCCAAUCUAAAUUCCACCCAUUUGAUCCAUGGAAUGUGCAGCAUAUUCAAGUACACCCAUUCCAUUAUUAUACUUCACUCAAACCUUCCAUGUACCCAUCCCCACCCCCUACUGAACCCCACCCUGGGUGCAAUUCCCACCACUGUCUGUAAGGAGUUUGUACAUUCUCCCUGUGUCUGCAUGGGUUUCCUCCCACAUUCCAAAGACAUAUGGGUUAGGAAGUCACGGGCAUGCUAUGUUGGUACCAGAAGAGUGGCAACACUUACAGGCUGCCUCCAGAACACUCUAUGUGAAAGAUGUAUUUCACUGCAUUUUUGAUGUACGUGACUAAUGAAUAAAUACCUUAAAUACUUCCAUUAUAUACCAGUAUUGCUUUCUGCCUUGUAAGUUCAUCUGCA